CGCUCUGUCGGCUUAACGAAAGCAACAGUUGUUGACUGUGACCGACUGGUACACUUGAACGUGAGAUGUACCAUUAGUGCGACCAAGUACCGGACUUGAGAUAUAAAAAUGUCAGAUUCCAACUCCUACCCUGUUUUCGGAUCCAGAUUUGUGGACAAAAAUUCACCAACGCCCUAUUCCGAUGCCACACAGACUAAGAAGAACAACCCUAACUACAUCAAAAGGCCGAUGAACGCGUUCAUGGUUUGGUCGCAGAUCGAAAGACGGAAACUCUGCGAAAAGAAGCCAGACAUGCACAACGCGGAGAUCUCAAAGCACCUGGGCAAAGUGUGGAAGACUUUGAAAGACUCCGAAAGGCAGCCGUUCAUCGAGGAAGCGGAGCGCCUCCGGAUGAUGCACCUACAACAGUACCCGGACUACAAGUACAGGCCUCGGAAAAAAGUCAUCAAGAACAACGGACUGAACGGCUCUAGGCAAAAAAAGUCGAAAAAAUUCUCGGACAGCAACAACAAUUCUAGCCAAAACGCGAGCAGGCCCGGUCCGAAAGUGAAGAUCGAACGUCGUAGGUACAGUGCCAAAGUGCCGAGCAGUCCCUCGACCCAAGUUCCUAACUCGCCGGAGAGUGCGACCCUCUACGACGAGCCGGAGGGCGCGGAGACCCGGGCCCCGGACGUCAGGAUCCCAGACGGGAUCAAGGCAGAACAGGAGACGGUCGUCGGAAGCGAGUUGAACCUUCAAUUAGUCAAAGCGGAACCGACGACUGGCAAACUGGCCGAAAACCCAUCUCUAGCAGACCUCGAUUCCCUCACCGACUUGCUCUUCACCCCGGGCGAGACGCACCGAAUGGAAUCCGAUUCCCUCACCGCCGAAGAGCUCGACGUCUACAGGACCAACCAACUUUUCUACUUUGGAAACACAGACAUAACCGAUAUGCUGUUAGAAGUCAACAAUCUCCGUUGGCCCGACCUCUAACCCAUAAUAUUCAGACUUCUUUCUCAUUUUUUUACUUCUUCCUUCUAUCUUUAUUGAAUUUUUAUGAAUCAUGGAAUUUAUUUGACUUGAU